AUGACGUCAGGGGAGGGCAGUGGUGGCGCCAUGACGUCAAGGGAGCCCGUGCAACGCCAUGACGUCACGGAGGGUGCUCUUCCGGUCGUAGCGUCGCCGUCACUCCACAUCCCGCUGCAUCCGCAGGAACCGACGACCAGGAUGCAGAGUUUUCUAAUGCUGCUGCGGGACCAGAGGUGCUCUUACUCAUCCAUCUCAGAGCUGGUGACCCUGGCAGGCAGGCUGUGCCGGGACCUCCAGGAUGACCUUGCCCAGGUGCAGCCUUUGGUGGCUGCUGUUCUGGAAAGCCCUCUUCGUCCACGGUUCCUGGACAAUGCAGAUGUGACCUUGGUGUGUGCCCGCGUCCUGGUCCAGCAGGGGCAGCCCCAGGUGGCCUGCCGGCUUCUAGAGGGUGGGAAAGGAUGGCCAGGUCUCAGCAGUCUCUCCUUGCAGGGCUGCCAUGUGCCAGGAGGCAGUCAGGAGCUGGUGCAGCUCUGGAAUGACAUCCACUACCACCUGGAUAGGAGGAGGCUAGGUGUGACCACGCUGACCCCAGUGCAGAAAUUCCGCUGCAGGAAGAGGAACCCACCACCCCCUGCCCUCAGUCCUGAAGGCCCCAAGAGCCGGAACUUCCCCAGGGAGGUUCGCCAGCGGCUGUGGGACUUUGUCUCAGCUGUGAACAGCAACCCCAGCAAGGCUGACCGGGAGAAUCUGGCUUUGGAGACAGGCUUGACCACUGGGCAAGUGUACAACUGGUUUGCCAACCACCGACGGCGCCAGAGGUUCCUUCUCCAGCGAGGAGAGCAAGCCCAGCAGACGGUACCUGAAGCCACCAGUGAAAAAGACAGGGGUCUUGAGCCUCUGUCAUCCUCAGGCCAUCCUUGCAUUGGAUCUGAGUUUGUGAGCAGGCCCCCCCGGUCUGGCUGUGAGGAAAGUGAGCCUCCACAAUCCCCAGGGGCUACCACAGGACUAUGGGGGCCAAGGACCACAGGCCUGGACUUCCCUGAGGCGAACAUAACCUCAAAGCUACUGGUGGGCAGGUCUCUUCAAGGAGGUGAGAUGUAUCAGGAGGGGCCCAGCCAUGGUUCUGCUGCCCUGGCUUCUGUCUGCCCUGGCCCUGGCCUCUGUCCUCUGGCUGCUGUUAACAACAUGCUGGACCCUUCUCUGACAGCCCCUGAAUCGUGGCUGAUGUCCUUUGCGCUGGAAUCCUCCAAAGGAGUUUGCUUCCAGACCAGGCCACCGGUCCAAGGUCAUGGGCUGACUUCCAGGAUGCAGCCUGCAGAUUCCACUGUAGCCGUGUCCACAGCCAUCCUCAGUGACCAGCACCCUGAAGGAUUAACUGAUGUGCACAGUGGUCCCCAGAGCAGGUACCUGGAAGAGGGUCCAUGUCCAGGUAGUGGGAAAGUAGAGACUGACAGCACCUUGAUGACACAGCCCUGGCUGAAUGCUUCUGCCCACAGCUCCCCAGAGUUGAUGUUGGCCCUACCUGCCUACCCAGGCCCUGCGUCCACAGAGGAGUUGAGCCAGCCUGUGUCUUCCCACCAGGUACAGUGGCCCUGUGAUAGCCAAGCCCCCUGUGACACCUUCUGGGGGGCCCAGAUGCUCUUGGAGUUUUCAGGGGGCAGCGUGGGCCACCAGAUCCCCAUCCUCAGAACCCCGGAUGUGGACUGUCCAGUCAUUCAGCCCAGAGAGUUACAGAGCUUCAUCAUGAAUAAAAAUCAGAGCUCUCCAGAGUUCCCAGAAGGCUUCUGCUGAGAGACAGUGAGGGAUCCACUGCCAUGUCGAAGAGUUUGGUUUACCGUUCUAUCUUGGAGGAAACAUUUGAGAAAUGUUCACAGGAUCACAAAUAGGUGCAGCUGCUGAUCAGAGUCAAGCUCAAGGUGUGCCAUGCAGUGAAGGCUCCAGACAGAACACACCAGCUGGUGCUGUCACUGUACCUGCACACCGGGCCCCACCAGGCUACAUUCUCCUCCUCAGCUGUGAGUGAGGCCUGGGUCACGUUCUUCUGACUCUGAUUUCAGGCACUGUCCUUGAGCACUGAGAGGCCUUGGCGGGGUGGAGAAUGGUAGAUGCCUCUACAAAGAUAUAAUUCAUUGUUUCUGUGGUUCAAAUGUUUUGUUCAGCUGCAUUAAAGUUCAAUGUUUUCCCACUUAA